UGAUCUCCAACGCCACUUGUUCUCUCUCUAACACAGAGCACAAGCGGCCCACGGCUAAAGCCUCUCUCUCUCUCUCUCUCUGUAACCCAAUUGCCCUGUCUCAAUCAUUGACAGCCGCCUGUGUUGUUGAUGGCAACAUCUGGACCAUAGCUUUAAUGGGGAUUCUUUUUUCUUUCUUUGUAGUAUAUUUUUUUUUGUUGAUAUGCCCGUAUAAAAAUCUUCUCAGAACCAUUGAAAAAGUUGGGACCUUUCCUGGUUGGUUGGAUGGUUUGAGGGAGAAAGGGGAGAGAGAGAAGGGGAAGAGAGAGAAGGAGAAGAGAGAGAAGCGGAAGAAGAUGCAGGCAUGCAAUUGGCUUUGUUGGACCGGAGGAUCUGAAUUCGAUGCAGCAUGUGAUGAGUUUAAUGGACCAGAGCCCUUCUCCUUACCAUCUCCUAUCCCUUCUUGGCCUCCAGGGAAAGGCUUUGCCCAAGGAAGGAUGUGCCUAGGCAAGCUUGAAGUUUACAGGGUUACAGAUUUUGAAAAAGUUUGGAGCUGCAAUCUUGUCAAGGGAAAGAGCAAGGGGGCGACUUUCUAUAGGCCAAUUGGGAUCCCCAACGGCUUCUUCUGCCUUGGUCACUAUGCGCAACCUAAUGACCAGCCUUUAAGGGGCUUCGUUCUCGUGGCCAAAGAUCUCUCUACCCCUGAACCAAAGUUGGGUCAAUCCCCUAAAAGAGUGACCGACUUGCCUGCCCUUCAAAAACCCCUAAAUUACACCUUGGUUUGGGGCUCUAACGAGUGGUCUGAUGAGAGCCAAGCACUGUUUGGCUGUGGUUACUUCUGGUUACCUUACCCGCCCAAAGGUUAUAAAGCAGUGGGAUUUGUGGUCACCAAUUCCUCAGAUAAGCCUUCCUUGGAAGAAGUGAGAUGUGUUAGGGCUGAUCUCACCGAACCCUGUGCAAGCCAUGGCUUGAUACUCAGCACAGUUUCGACCUUGCCCAAAUUCCCCUUUAGGGUUUGGAAGACCAGGCCCUGCCAUAGGGGAAUUGAGGCUCGUGGGGUCCCAGUUGGCACUUUCUAUUGCAGCUCCUACUUUAAUUCUAGCGAGGAUUUGAGUAUAUCAUGCCUAAAGAACUCUGAGCCAUCCCUCCAUGCCAUGCCUAACCUCGAUCAGGUCCAUGCCCUAAUCAAGCACUACGGCCCCACGGUUUAUUUCCACCCUGAUGAGAUCUACUUACCCUCUUCUCUAUCAUGGUUUUUUGACAAUGGGGCCUUGCUAUACAAAAGAGAUGAGGCUCGUGGUGAGCCUAUAGAUUCUCUGGGCUCCAACCUUCCUCAGGGUGGUUCAAAUGAUGGGAAGUAUUGGCUAGACCUGCCUAGCAAUGGCGAUGAGGAAUGGGUCAAGCUAGGAAACCUGGAAAGUGCAGAGCUCUAUGUUCAUGUAAAGCCCGCUUUAGGGGGCUCAUUCACUGAUAUUGCAAUGUGGAUUUUCUGCCCCUUCAAUGGCCCUGCGACUAUUAAGAUUGGCAUGGUCAAUGUGGCACUAAGUAAGGUAGGGCAGCAUGUGUGUGAUUGGGAGCACUACACUCUUCGGAUUUGCAAUUUUAGUGGUGAAUUGUGGGCAAUAUAUUUCUCUCAGCAUAGUGGGGGUGAGUGGGUUGAAGCAUGGGAUUUAGAGUUUGUAGAGAAUAAUAGAGCUAUCAUUUAUUCUUCGAAGAGCAGUCAUGCCAGUUUUGCUCACCCAGGUAACUAUCUUCAAGGGGAUAACAAGCUGGGAAUAGGCGUGAGGAAUGAUGCAGAAAAGAGUGAUCUCUUUGUGGACUCCAGCGUUAGGUAUAAGAUAGUGUCAGCUGAGUAUUCAGGGGAGGAUUGGGUCAAAGAACCUUGUUGGUUGCAGUAUAUGAGGGAGUGGGGUCCUACUAUUGUGUAUAAUUCGAGAUCCGAGCUGGAGAAAAUUAUCAGUCUUCUUCCUGUUUUGGUACGGUUCUCAGUUGAGAACAUCUUCAAUAGGCUCCCUAUGGAGCUGUAUGGGGAGGAAGGGCCAACAGGGCCCAAAGAGAAAAACAACUGGGAGGGUGAUGAAAGAAGUUAGUGUGUAUGCUACUCUCUUUCUGAAAGAAUCCCGUGUCAUUUGGCUUCUCUCCUUGGGUUCUAUCUGGCUCAGUGAGGCAAGUAGCCUGCAGCUGAUUGUUUUCAUUUUUUAGAUGUGUAUAUCAAAGUCACCACGAUAGCAUCUUUGAUGCUUCCGGGCCCUGCUUUUUGUGUUUCAAAACAAGUAGUAUUGCCAAAUGAAAGGCAUACAAUAAUCAGUGUGAUACUACAUUAUUGUAAAACCCAUAGAUCAGUACACGUAGGUAUACAUUCUAGCCAAUAUGUUUUGCAAGCAGGAGACGUGGUUGAAAAUGUUUGGCUUCUGACUUUUUUGUCUCUUGCAAGAUCCUAUUGUUUGAAUUACUCGACAUAGAAGCGCGAAGUGAGAUCCAAAGUUCUGUAAUGAUUGCGUAUCGAUAUUCUUCCCCAGUAGGAAAUUUUGGGUUUAUAAUGGAUGUUUGAGAUAUUCAUCGGCAUUUUUCUUUUGGUUCUCAUCUGAUGAUGCCUAUAUAUAAAGACGCUGGCCAUUGUCUCAUAAACCUCCACAAAAGAUUUACUUGCCCAUCAAAGUUUUCAAUGCGGGUGAGUCUCAGUAAGCUUCAUAUACGCAAGGAGCAUGGACGCAAGAAGCAUGGGUGUUGCUUGUGGACAUGAUGUUAUCAAGCUAGACAUGUACUCACUUUGUUGGAUUGGGAUUCUAGUUGAGUACUGCCAAUGGUUAAAGAGUGCUGUCUUAAGUCAUGCACUUCUAGUAGUGUUUCAGGCAAGUAAUUGCACCUUCCUCCAGAAAGUUUUAGAAAAACAUUAUGCAGUUGUGGUCCAAGUCAAGGACGCUGAUUCUUCCUGCUGUUUAAAGGUCUUAUAGUGCUCCCUCGUGUGAGUUGUCGAUAAGCCUAUAUAAUGUGGUUACAUGUGUGUGGUAUGUUGACUCACCAAAUGGACACUCAUGGUUGACACUUAAAGACACUUCUAUUAAUCUUUCUUGUUGAAAUAUCACAAUAUAAUUACUUCAACGUUUACCUUC